AUGACCAUGGAUACUACACCCGCAGUCACCUCUGUUUCUAUGGAUAGAAAAGACGUCGACAAUCUAGUACAGGCUGUUUUGUGUCUUCCACUCGGGCUUCAAGAUAAGAUCCUGGUCCAUCUCGACCCGAUCGACAUCACAUGCCUUGGCCUUACCUCGAAGCAUCUCUAUCCCAUCUACCGCCAACGCUUCCGAGAACAACUCCCGCUGGACGCUCUGAUGGAGUGGCAACAACACAGGAAGCCCGUGAUUUCCGAUAGGCGACAGCAGAGGGAUCCUCAUGCACUAUUUGUCGGAAGGAAAUGUGGAAUUUUCAAGCGAAAGAGAUAA